AUGUCGUGGCUCCUACUGACGACAAGUUGUAACAUCCAUGCGCUUACCUCGCUCUUCUUGUGGCUCCCACAGAUCGCCGACAUCGUUCUCCUCGUCAUUAUGACCGCGACCGACGCGAACAUCGAGACCGUGGAGAUGACCGGUACAAAAGAGAUGAUAGACGGGACGACAGACGCCCUCACCGUGACAGAGACGACAGAUACAGAGACGAACCUCGAGACAGACGUCGUCACGAUGAAGACCGUGGAGGAUAUCGACGCGAUUCGUUUAGAGAGUCUCGCGACGACCGCAGACGCGACCGACAUGCGUCCAACGACCGCAGGUCCCCUACACCUCCCAAUUCCGCGCAAGGCAUCUGGUUGGGAUGUGACUGCACCAGGCUACGAGCAAUAUUCUGCAAUGCAGGCCAAACAGACUGGCCUCUUCAAUCUUCCUGGCGCAAAUAGGAGCCAUGGACCCCAGAUUAUUGGUUUUACCGGCGCUCACCCUCCUGUCGCGACGGGCAUGGUCAGCAAUUCCAACCUUGCACGUCAAUCCCGUCGACUCUACCUUGGCAGCAUCACCCCUCUGGCGGAUGAAGAGAGCAUCGCGCUGUUCUUCAAUUCACAGAUGCGUGAACGCAAAUUGACGACCAGCUCUGCGCCUCCAGUCCUGGCUGUACAGGUCAACCGCGAGAAAAAUUAUGCCUUUGUCGAGUUUAGGAGCGCGGAAGAUGCGACGGCUGGCAUGGCAUUGGAUGGAACGGUCUUCUUGGAUGGUCCUCUCCGCGUCCGUCGCCCUCAUGACUAUGCUGGACCAGAGGCUAUGACCGGCGUCGCUGGAUUUGCGACAUUGCUCCCAGCAACGAUGCCAGACUCUGUCAACAAGAUAUUCAUCGGUAAUCUUCCGACGCAUCUUACAGAGGAUCAGAUCGUCGAGUUGCUGAAGAGCUUUGGUGAACUCAAGGCAUUCAAUCUGGUCAGGGAACACGGAACCAAUGUUUCCAAGGGCUUUGCGUUUGUCGAGUAUGCAGACCCUGCCGUUACUGAUAUCGCUACGGAAAGCCUUAAUGGUAUGGAUCUUGGAGACAAAAAACUCGUCGUUCAGCGCGCUUCCGUGGGUGCCAAGGGUGGCGUUCCCAUACCACCAGAAGCAAUGGACAUUCCAGCACCAAUCGUGGCUGUCGAUCUGAACAAGGAAGCAAACGGACGCGUCGUUCUCAUGUUGAACAUGGUUGUGGCCGAGGAUUUGAUGGACGAUGUCGAGUACGAAGAGAUCCUCGACGACAUUCGCAGCGAAUGCAGCGGCUUUGGCCAGGUUCUUGGUGUCUAUGUGCCACGACCACUUAAAAAGGACAAGUCUCGCUGGGAUACCAUGGAUCCAAACACCAUGUCUCCCGCGGAGAUUGCCAAAGCGGACGAGAUUGCGGGAGUCGGCCGAGUUUACGUCAAGUUUUCUGACACGGAAGGCGCCACGACGGCGGUCCGACAGCUCGCGGGACGCUCGUUUGCAGGGAGAACUAUUAUUACAACACUCAUGAGGGAAGAUGACCCAGAUGUGCAGCGCGUCUUUCCCAAUGCUUGA